GGCCACUUCCUCUGGUUUUGCCAUUACUAUAGUCUCUCUCUCUCUCUCUCUCUCUCUAUACAUGCACAGAGUGCUUUCAUGGUGGAAAUGCCCCCAGUGACUAAAAAGCUGCGACAGCCUAGACCAAUUGCUGAAACAAAAAUACGUAGAAUGACAAGCCAUCGACGGAACAGACCUUCCUUCUUCAAAGUUUUGAUCGCCCCCAACUUCUCCAGACUGCUGAGGAUACCGCCACCUUUCAUGAAGCAUUUCAGUGGAUCAGUGCCCAAAACAUUCAUCCUCAGAAGUCCAACCGGAAAACUUUGGUCUGUAAGGGUGAAAAGGAUUGAAAAACAAUUCUACUUUGAAAAGGGUUGGCAGAGAUUUGUGAAACAUCAUCGAUUGGUGGCAGGGGACCUCUUAGUUUUCAGCUAUCAUGGUGAUUCCAGAUUCACUGUUAAAAUAUACGACACGAGCUCUUGCGAAAAGGAAUUGCCUUUUCUGCUUUCUUCAUCAUCAGCUCAGACAACCACUUCCACUCAGAGUGGUCAGAGUAAUCUCCGGCCAAAGAACAAAAAGCAAGGCAAAACAAAGACCGAAUCCACCACCAAAGCAAUUGUUUCUACUAGUAAAGUUGGCCGUGCUACACCAAGGAGGCAACCAAGAAACGAGGCGAUUAAAGCAGCCUCUUCGUACAAAACAGAAUUCCCACAGUUUGCAUCACUGUGUGGCAAGACUAGCAGAAGUCACAUGAUGAUUCCAAAGGCGGUGACGAAAGAGGUAGGGCUGACAAGCGAGGGGAAAGCCAUGCUUUGGGAUCCUCGGGGGAGGUCGUGGAGCGUCAGAGUUCAUCCAAGGAGCGAUGGCCGAGCUGAUAUUUCAGGCGGGUGGCCUGCCUUUCGGAAAGCCAACAACAUAGUACAAGGUGAUGCCUGCAAUUUUGAGUUCAUCCGAGGGCCUGGGGUCGUAAUCUGUGUCAACAUUUUCCGGGAGGCUGCAGGAUUUGGAGAACUCGCACACUUUUCUAACCAGAUACCACGCGCACCUCCACCUUCUACGGCCACAGUGCUGAAAGCGUUGCCAUGUAUCACAGAAGAGGACGUAUCUGAAACAGAUGCUGGCGGUAGUGGGGAAGUCACUUCUGUGGAACUCAAGUAGAAAA